AUGAAUCGAAAUCGUCAAAUGGAGAACAAGCUGCGCGAGAAACUCGAAAGGAGGAAACGCCAGCACUUCGUGAUGAAACACCUGUCUCCUACUUCUCCAGGAAAGAAGAAACAGCGAGGUGCGGUCGCUGCGAAUGAGCCUACUUGGAAACAGCAAUUAGGUGUGGGCGUGGCUCAACAAAUCAUUCAGACAUUCAGUCUUGAUGUGCAACGUAAUGGCAAGGUCGCUCCAUUGAGAAGGAUCACGAGUUUACCAGAAACCCAGAAUGGAAACGUCCCCAAUAGUGAUGUUGCUGAGAGAUCGAGCAUGUUUGAACGACGUGGUUCAACCGAUACAAAUCUCUCGUCAUCCUUCGACAUUUCCGAUAUCGAAACACAAAUAGACAUGAACAACAUGUACGACGAUGAUCGAUCUGAUUGUAUAGAUAUUUCAGAAGUGGAAGAAUGGAGGCUCUACAAAUACAGACCUCUUCUGCGAUUCUUCAACUUCCUACUUUUUCGGCAGUAUGCGAAAAAGUUUCGUCGAUUACGGAAAUCGGAUCGAUUAUUGGAAUUUGACGCAGAAAUACGCGAACAGGAGAACGUACGACAUCAGCAUUUGAGG